GAGGAGAGAGGGCGGGUUGUUUGCUCACUGGAUCAUUAUAUUUCAUCUGAAACGAAAUAAUUAACUUCUCCCAUUUGCAAAACACAUUUAAUGCAAAAUAACUAAUUUAUGAGGGCCAAAGAUUUGGAAAUACCUCGUGGAGUUUAUUUCCUUUCAAACCAACCAUAGAAGACUGAGGCAGGUGAAGCCCUUGGGUGGUAUGAAAACAGGACCCGUUUCCAGGCCGAACACCAGAACACCCUAGAAGGUUUAACUAAAAGAAUGCUCAUGUUUGACCCAGUCCCUGUCAAGCAAGAGGCCAUGGACCCUGUCUCGGUGUCCUACCCAUCUAAUUACAUGGAGUCCAUGAAGCCCAGCAAGUAUGGGGUCAUUUAUUCCACACCGUUGCCUGAUAAGUUCUUCCAGACCCCAGAAGGCCUGUCGCACGGAAUACAGAUGGAGCCAGUGGACCUCACAGUGAACAAGCGUGGCUCACCUCCUUCGGCUGGGAGUUCUCCCUCCUCCCUGAAGUUCUCCUCACACCGGAGAUCAUCACCGGGGCUGAGCAUGCCUUCUUCUAGCCCGCCAAUUAAAAAGUACUCACCCUCCUCACCAGGCGUCCAGCCCUUCAGCAUGCCGCUGUCCAUGCCCCCAGUAAUGGCAGCCGCCCUCUCAAGGCAUGGAAUCCGGAGCCCAGGCAUCCUGCCCGUCAUCCAGCCAGUCGUGGUGCAACCUGUCCCCUUUAUGUACACCAGCCACCUCCAGCAGCCGCUCAUGGUCUCCUUGUCAGAGGAAAUGGAAAAUUCAAGCAGCAGCAUGCAAGUACCUGUAAUUGAAUCAUAUGAGAAGCCUAUAUUACAGAAAAAAAUUAAAAUAGAACCUGGGACCGAACCACAGAGGACAGAUUAUUAUCCUGAAGAAAUGACACCCCCUUUAAUGAACUCAGUGUCCCCCCCGCAAGCGUUAUUGCAAGAGAAUCACCCUUCAGUCAUUGUGCAGCCUGGGAAGAGACCUUUGCCUGUGGAAUCCCCAGACACACAAAGGAAGCGGAGGAUACACAGAUGCGACUAUGAUGGAUGCAACAAAGUGUACACUAAAAGCUCCCACUUGAAAGCACACAGAAGAACACAUACAGGAGAAAAACCCUACAAAUGUACAUGGGAAGGAUGCACAUGGAAGUUUGCUCGGUCUGAUGAACUCACAAGACAUUUCCGAAAACACACUGGAAUCAAACCUUUCCAGUGUCCAGACUGUGACCGCAGCUUCUCCCGUUCUGACCAUCUUGCCCUCCAUCGGAAACGCCACAUGCUAGUCUGAAAGCCUCCGUCCCGCACCUCAGCGCGACUCCCCACUCCUGGCUCUCUCUGUCCUCCCUCCUGUUAUCUAACUCAUUUUUUACAUGUACAUUUUAAUUUUGGUUCAGCUGGUCUGAACCUCUGAAUUUAUAUCAUUCAAAACUUCCAUAUGGUCAGUAGCUGAUACUCUCUAAUCCUCCCUCUCCUUACCACGGGUCAGACCUAAAGAAUGUGAACACUUUUUUUUUUCCGGGGAUGCUAAGCAAACCCUUCUUACAGAUACGUUUAAUGUAAUGAGAACAAGGGAACAUGUAAACUAACAUAAACAAUUGUCAGUUUCUCCAUGUAUUCCUCAAAAGAAUGUCAAAGUAAAUGUAUUAGAAAUACAGUAUCUAGCCUGCUAGUCCUUGCCAGAGAUACUCGCACCUCUCACCAUGAUCCCAUUUUAUGCUCGGCAGCAAAAAGAAGCUUGGUCCCCACUCACCAGUUAGCAAGACUUGCAGCAGGGGACCAUGCCAGUACAGUCACCUUGCCAUGGUCCUUCACACAUCUUGCUUCACAACCCGGAUUAUCAUCUCAUCUGAUCUAAGGCCUUUGCCCUUCUUUGUGCCUGAAGCCCACAUUGAGGGCUUUGCCACCAUUCGAUGAGCCAGAGCUGCUUAAAUAGGUGGGUGAUAGAUAGCAGUUCGCAGGGACAGAUCCCGGACUUGCCUAGCCUGGUAGGAGAAGCAGAGGGGCAGGGAGCAGGGGCUGCAUGGGAGGAAGCUGCUGGUUGCUCCUAGCUGGGGUUUGUCAGUGAGGUGUCACCGUUUGGUUAGCUCUGCAGCGCUAACCAGAGAGCUUCAGUCUCUGUGCGUGCUCAGCUGUGCGCAAACAUGCUGCAACACCAAACCCCUAUGGAGUUAUCCACACAGAUCUCCAUUCCUACAGAAUCCUUAGUAUGGACCAUCAAGUGUUGAGGGUAACAAAACCACAGAAAUAUUUGCCCAGUAGUAAAAAGUAAAGAUACUUAGGGUAAAAGUAUGUAUACUCUUGCUUUUACCCAACUUCUGUAACUUUGUAAGCGAGGUAAUGUUGAGUGGUACUUGUUUUCCCAUAUCAAAUUAAUCGCAUAGCUUUUACAUGAAACUUCAGUGUAAGUUAGUAAGGUGCCAGACUGGUUGUCAUUUGUGUUUAUGACACACGUCAUAAAUUAGCAUCUGCUAAAGCUUAAGGACAUUUGUUCAAGUAAGACCUGAGUAGCAGUCUUUGUAAAUAUGACUAGUUGUGAAGCACAUACACCUUUAUUUUAGGGGCAGGUUUCUGAA